CGUAAAGGCCAGGAGCCAGCGUUGGCCACAUGUGUUUUACGGACCGCUUUUCCGUGGAAAAAGAUCGCCGAAAAUGCCGUGUUUACGUAAUCUGUGGUAACGUGACGUUAAAAACGGUGCUCUUGAACUCGCUAAGGUUGUGAGAAAAUUUCUCGGCUAAUGUUGAAAGCAAAUCGGGAGGAAAACUUGCGAAUCGUAUAGGAUAUCCGCGAGAAAGAAAAAUUAUUCGUAACAACGAGGUGUAGUUUAGCUGUCUGCUAGCUCUCUUAAUCAUAUUUCGUGCAAGUACGUUCUUUAUCUUGGUGCGUUUUCUCGCCAAAGUUUCGUCCUGGAACAGGUAAAAGAACAUUGUUCGAUAACUCUGUAUAGUGCCGGUGGAUUUUCACUCGUUUCAUGAAAUCGCCGAGUCAGCAUACUCUUAACCACGCAACUUGGAGAUCGCGCCUCGUGCACAUCGUGUUUCAAGUUGUUCGAAUGUAUUCUUUGAAUGCGACAAAUCGCGUUGUAUGAACGCGAGCUUUCGCACGGUUAAUUUGUUCGGUUCCUCGGUCGAAUAUCGAAAAGAUUGUGACACGUGAGUAGGAAGAUAGAUAUUCGGAGGAUAUUUGGUAACGACCGCGUGCGUGCACGCUGCGCCUUCUGGAAAGAGUCGAGCGAUCCGAUCCGAUCCGAUCCGAUCCCUCGUGACGAGUCUUUCGAGUGGGCGUUCUCUGUUGUUUCGUGUUGCCAGAAGGGAUCGACGUCCGUCGUCAUUCGUCGUAUAUAUCAAAAAGUUUUCGUGAAAAAUUGAAUCGUACAAGUUGGUGGCAAACUGCACGAACUCGAAGCAGACAUGCGUUCGGUUCACGGGGUGGAGGAUACCGUAAGGUUGGUGCUUUAAAGCCGCACCGACGCCGACGCCGACGCCGACGCGAACGCGGACGCAGCAGAUAUUUUCAAUAUUUUCAUUGUCGCGGGGAAACUGCUCGGCUGGAUUAAUGUGUCCGAGAGUGCUCGACCUUUCUCAGGACUCCUCGACCGCCUGAGAGGUAGCAACGUCCUGUACAAAUAUUAUUCGAGUUAGAUUGGUCGUGCGUCCGGACCUCGUGUUUUUGUCUUUCGGCGCGUAUCGUUCAAGAUGGCGGCCAAGGUGGCCACCGGCGCUCAGGGAAGUACCGAUAGAGAAGAGGGCCCUGGAGUCUCUUACGCAAGUAUCCUAAACUCGAAGAGCGGAAACGAGAAUCGAGCUUCCAACACCAAGGGUAACAAUAAGGAAAACAUUGGCGGUCAGGUAUCCCAGCAAAUAGUACUCGUCAAGGAUUACGUGUCUUUGCAAAAUUUAACUGGCAAAGGGAAAUGUUAUCAGAGAAGCGCGAGGAGAUUCAAUCCGCACACCAAAUUGGAUAAACCUUACGAAAACGAAUUGCUACCUUCGAUCGAAACCAAUCGAAAUCAAUCGAUCGCACGAAAGGAUGGAAAGGUCGAGCAGCAACAACAACAACAACAACAACAACAACAACAACAAGAUACUCGUCCCGAGAUCGAGCAGGUGAACGGUGAUAUAGGAGGCAACGGAGAAUUUCAGACGGUAGCACCAAAAAGCGCUAGGAGGAAGGAAAAAUUACGGGAACAGCAUAGAGAGCAUAGAGAACGACAUAGGCAUAGAGAUCACAGACAUCCACUACGUGGUCACAGCGAAAGUAACGAGAGAUCCCACAAGGAACGCGAUCGUGGAGAUAGAAUCAAUCUGGAUCAUCUCGGUGGAACUAAAGAAGCCAUAAGAGAUAAAGAAGAUGCUGAGCUCGAGUCGGAAGCUCAAACUCAGCAGCCGAUUAAAUACAUAGAGGCUCCCCUGCCUACCGUCAAUCCUUGGACCAAAAGUAAAGCUACUAUACAAGCAGUGUCUACAAAUUCUAAUGCCAGCGUGCCUUCCGCAAGUCUAACCACUGUUGAAAAACAAAACGAUAAAGAGAAGAGGGUACUUCAACCGCAACAACAGGAAAUUGUUGAAAAUGGUAUCAAUGGGGGAAAUGAACCAACUAUAAUCACAGCUACGAAAGAUAGAAGAAAAUUGAAUCAAAAGGCGAGCGACUUCUCGGACAUCGGCGAUUGGCCAACCUUGGGUGCUCAAGGAGAGAAGAAAACAACGGUGACAACACAGAAGCAAAAUGGUGUCGUCGAACAAAAUAACGUCAAAGAAGGUAGUGGAACUCUAGAAAACAGAGGAAAGGAGAACAAGGAACAGAAUCACUGCCAAGAUGACAGCGACGACCACACGGAUGCCAAUGAAAAGAAAAAGAAAGUGAGUAAACAAAAGUGGGUACCACUGGAAAUUGAUAUAACGAAGAAUCGAAGCAAACGAGAUCGUUCUCCAAAAUACCAUAACCAAAGGGAAAAGAACGGGGAAGAAACGGACUCGUACAGAGAUAGAGAGCAUAACAGGACGGGAUAUAGUACGAGAGGUGGACGCGGUGGAUGGAGUUACAGAUGGAGAGGAGGACGAGGUGGACGGGGCACGUAUCGCGGUACCUUUAGACACAGGCAUGAUCAAGACUAUUCAAAUUACUCGGCAGACUAUAUGCAGAUGAAUAAAUAUGGACAUCUGGAUCCCGCUUAUAUGAUACCUUACAUGGGAACAUUUUAUUUCAGUAAUACAAAUUACAUUAACGUAGACACAACGACGCUCAAGGAAUAUAUAAGAAAUCAGAUAGAAUAUUACUUUAGCGAGGAGAAUCUUUUAAGAGACUUUUUCCUGCGUCGCAAAAUGGAUGGACAAGGCUUUUUACCCAUUACUUUAAUUGCUUCCUUUCGUCGUGUACAAAUUUUAACGACAGACGUGGCUCUUGUUAUCGAAGCAAUUAUGGAAUCUGACAAACUAGAAUUGGUGGAUGGAUUGAAGGUAAGAACGAAAACAGAUCCCUUAAAGUGGCCCAUCUUGGACGCAGCUGGAAAUCCUAUCUUUUCGGAGUCGUCCGAUACUUCGAAUCCGACACAAAACGAAGUAAUACUUUCCACGUCCGAAUCCGACUUUUGUCCCGUUGCUAGACCCUUACCAACGAUUCCUAUUCCCCCAGUUCCACGUAUUCUUCAAUCCAACCAGAUUAUCUCGACGGUAGGAAGGGUCAGCGAAUCGGAAAGUAUAUCCUCGUCGAUAGGCGACAGUUUAAAUCCUGAUGUACCAGAGUUCAUACCGAACGAAUUGACGAGCAAAAACACCGAACCUAUCCUACCUGACAGCAAACAACAAAUAUGCCAAACAACAAACGAGGAACGCGAGAAAUCGUGUAACCCGAAAAGCAUUCCAGCACUAUCGGCUAAUAAUUCGACAACGUCUCUCUACGGCAAUGCAUCUUUCAAGCCAGAUGGUAAAACGUCCCCAACGGCCAUGUGCUCGAAUUCAAGUCGACCGAUACAGGUACAAAUCAACGGCGAGUCGCAAUUGACGAGCGAUAACGUUUGGAAAGAGGUAAGACGAAGAGUAAAACCGUCGCACAAGGAGAAGAACGAAGAAAGAGAGAAAAACGUUAAAAACGAAGAAAGAGAGGAGCUAGACUUUCAAUUUGACGAGGAACUCGAUACGCCACCCCCAACCGGCCGACACAAUGCUUUUUCAGAAUGGUCCGAAGACGAAGAAGAUUACGAAUUGUCAGACAAGGAUUUAAAUAAACUUUUAAUCUUCACGCAAACAACAGUGCCUAUCUCGACGACACGAAUUCCAAAACACGAGGGUCACGAUCGAACCGGCGAUUGGACAACCAGAGUGAAAAUGACCCAGGUUCUCGAACAAGCAAUCAACGAUGGAUUGUAUUACUACGAGGAAGACUUAUGGACGAAAGAUGGUCAAAGAUACGGAUCUUGUUCGUCGAUCGGAAGUUACAAAACGGUUAAUGUGAUUAGUCAGGAAGAUUUUGAAAAAAUGGCACCUAAAGCACCUAAGAAAACUAAUCCGGAAGUUCCUCCUCCACCUCCAUCCGCGAUAGAAGACAUGGAGGUGUCACAAUCGCUCCCAACACAGGUGCCAAUAGUUAUGGAUAGUCAAGAGAAAAGGGAUCGUCGAACAGAUAGAAAUCGGUGGAAUGAUAAACCGGGACGAAGUAGAAGCGGUAGAAGAGCGGUAGUUCCUCGUUUCUUUGCUGUAGUAAAAGACGAACCUUCGGUCGAUCCUAGAACUCCGCGGAAAAGAAAAACUCGGCAUAGCAAUAACCCGCCCGUUGAACAUCACGUCGGUUGGAUCAUGGAUGUUCGAGAGCAUCGACCGCGUACAUAUUCUACAGGAAGUAGCGCAGGAACGAGUCCUAACGAAGGUUACCUCGCGAGUAGUUACGGAAGCGCGCCGCAAUCGGUGCCUACCUUUCAGCAUCCGAGUCACGCUCUUUUGAAAGAGAAUGGUUUUACUCAACAAGUUUACCACAAGUAUCAUUCGCGGUGCCUAAAAGAACGCAAGAGACUUGGAAUUGGACAAUCACAAGAAAUGAAUACGCUCUUUCGUUUCUGGUCGUUCUUUCUACGGGAGAAUUUCAAUCGUACCAUGUACGAGGAAUUUAGGACUAUAGCCAAAGAAGACGCCUGCGAAGGCUACCGAUACGGUCUCGAGUGCCUUUUCAGAUUCUACAGUUACGGUUUAGAGAAGAGAUUCAGGCAUCAACUUUAUAAAGAUUUUCAAGUCGAAACGAUACAAGAUUACGAAAGCGGUCAGUUGUAUGGGCUAGAAAAGUUCUGGGCGUUCUUAAAGUAUUACAAACAGGCUGAUCAACUUCAAGUGGACUCGAAAUUGCAGGAGUAUUUGUCCAAAUUUAAGAGCAUCGAAGAUUUCAGGGUUGUCGAACCGCAAAUAAACGAAAUGCUCCAAGGAUUUGCUGCAAAUUUGCGAUCUCAGGCGUCGAAGAGGCGUAACAGAAGCGUCUCCGAAAGCGCGGGCGGUGGCAACGCUUCGCCAACGAGCAGAGUUCGUCGAUUGUCCGGCGGUUCCAGCACCGUGACACUGCCAACUUCUAAUUCCGAGAACAAUUCCGCCGCACAAAAGUCUCGCGUGGACGCGGUGAAUCUUACCCAAUUUCGAAACAGAGCCGGUUCUUUCGGCUCUGGGCGAUUGGGUCAUUCCAGGAGACGAAACGACGUUUCCUCGUGUUCAUCGAGUAGUCAGCGAGACCUUAGUAAACAGCAACCGCGUAGCAGACAGAAUUCUGGCUCGUUCGCGAGACCUCAGGAAACGAGCAAACUACAAAAUAUCGUCAGGGAUCGACUGCAGCCGACAGCCGGCAAGUCUGAGCAGACAAAGUUGGUAGCAGCCAAGACCGAGACCACCCCCAUUUCUCAAAAGUGAUGGGCUUAAAAAGGGAAGGGUAAGUGCACCUAGAGGCACUUGCUCGAUUGCCAAAACGAAUAAGUGCGUUACGCCCUCCUUGGAAUAGGAUACUUGUUCUAACGAAGAGAACGUCUCGUUUGAAUAACACUACAUAUGCAGGAGUACACGGGAUGUGUACUAGAGUAUAAGAGGACAAGCACAAUACACACUCUCUCUCUCUCUCUCUCUCUCUCUCUCUCUCUCUCUCUCUCUCUCUCUCUCCCUCCCCCUCUCUGUGCGUGUGUGUGUAUGUGUCGCAUGUGUCUCCCUCUCGCUACCCCCUCUCACACACGCGCGCGCGCCCGUGCACAUAUACACACGCGUAUUCUCUUUGUCUCUCUGUAUAUAAAAAUAAAUGUCAGCCUUGACAAUGAGAAGCGUUAGGAAAGAAAUGAAGUGAAAACGCUAGAAUGCAAAGAUGGGAGAGGCACAUUGUCGUACUUGCGAGAAAAGUUCAUGGACAUGUUCUUAAGGUAGUCCAUUAAGGUUGUAUUUACCGAUAUAUCCGGCUAUGCGCUUGCGUAUUCGGGAUGUACCCACACUCGAAUUCAAUUCUGCUUGGUUCGCGCUCAGUUUAGGGUGCUUGUGAAAGCCAUAGGGAAUAGAUACAAGAUCCAGAGUUAACGAGAAAACGCGGAAAUAUAGGCGUAUAAAGAGCAUGCAACGUUCGAUAUAGUCGAUAAAAUCAUUUCUUCCUCAACAAAGGAAAUAAAGUUAUUCUGCCGGUAUUGGACGUAUCAUUUGCAGAUUACACGACCGUGUUUUCAUCCAGUUUUUUUUCUAUGAAAAGCAAUUUAUCGAUUAGCUGUGAGAAGUGAAACAUUCUUUUUUUUUUUGUUACUAUGUUAUCAUUCACAGUUAUCGUAAACAACCAAAACGCCAAACUAUAUUUCGAAUAAUAAUUCAAGUCGAAAUUCCAGCUUAACGAAGAGGUAUCCCACUAUUUAUAUAUUGAAAUGUUUGAUAAAUUAACGGUACUGAAUAUUCAACGCAUUUGUUGGAUCUCAAAAUAGAAUAUAAUUCUUUAAAUAGUAUACGACGUGAACAUGUUCCUUUUUGGCCAUUAUUGCCAUCGAGAAAGAAGAAACAUGAUUUAAAAUUAAUGCAAUCAAUAUCGUUUAUUAUUCUUUUCGCGUCUAUACUGAAAAUUUCUAUCGUUUCUUAGACAAAGCAACAAAAGUUACGUAGGGGUCGAUGUGCAACUGAAAUACAAUUAAAAUUCUGAUUCUUGAAAUGAAAGUUGUGAGUCAUUACCAGCAUUUAACGAUGCAUUGGAAACGUUACUACAAAAUGUACAAAUAUUUUUACGGUAAAACGUGUUGGAUUCUUAAAAAAUGUGUCAAGUACGGUACAUCGUAUGUGUUUUAACAUAUAUAUUUUCAUCCGUCUAAUUGUCGACAACUAUACGGGUUCUCCGUGUGACAUUGUCUAAUUUGUACAAAGCGUUGAGUCGAUUGUGAAAAAAAAGUGAAAAUGAAGAUGCAUCUAUUUCGGUAAACGAUUCCUUAGGAAACGACAAUGAAAUAUGCGAACGAUUUAACCGUUUGAUCAUUUAAAUGCUUAAAGCAUUCGAAGCGAUUCUCUGAAUUAAAUAACAGAAGGAACGGGUCACGGUAGAUCCUAUGCUGACAAAUGAAGUAUGCUCAGUUCGUGACCGGUGCACUAUAAAAUAUCAUAUUUUACCCAUACAAAAUUUAUACAGCUGUUUGUAUUAUUAUUAUACAUAUAUAUAUAUAUAUUUCUUUUUUUUUUUUUUUUUCAUUUUUAAACACAUACAUAUCUUUGAUAUUAUUCGUUAACGUUAAGCCAAUAUAUUUGAAGCUGAACAAGAAAGGAAAAGAAACGUAGAUGUCAACGUAAUUUUAUUAUUUUUCUUUCCGCCAGCAACCACGGGAUAUUUUCAUUGGCCCGUGUAUUUGAAUCGUUACGCAUUCUAUAGUUCUCAUACUUGAAAUACGGAGGUUUCGAUUAAAUAUUUUUUCGAAACGUACUGGCCAGCUUCGAUUAAAUUUGAGUGAAAUAUUUGAAAAGGACGAUAGAUUUAUUAUGGCACAAUUUUAUCGAAACUUGAAAUUGCUAUUGUGAUUUCAUUAUAUUAGUAUUUUCGUAGCUUUAGACGUAAAACUACUUUACCUACCUACUAAUACAGGAAAAUGGUGUCCAUGGUCGUUGGUUUCUGUGCCAAGAGAAACUAAAUGGAGAAAUGGGUUUGCAAUCGUGGUAGCAGUCUCUUCGUCGUCGUUUGAUUUGGGGUUUUCAUAUCGCUAACGAACAACAACUUUUAACAGUUUAAAAAAUAGAGAUUUUUCUUCGAUCCACGAUACAAUCACGAUUCGGAAAGUUGAGAAGAAAUUUGAUUUCCGAAAGAAAGGAUUGCAUACGUUUACGCAAAGUUAACUGUAAUGUUUCCAUGAACGAGUAAUAUUGAAUCGAUAAGCUAUUGUACAAAGUUGACAAGAAUAAAAUUGUGAAAGAUGCUUCGCAAAGAAUUGAGAAAGAAAUGUGUAGGGGAACCGAACUGAAACAAAACUCUGAAAUUCUGUUCUCGAUUGGACGGAAUUUUUUAAUCAUGCAACGAAAGCAUUCAACUAAUUAAUAAAUAAAUUUGAAAUCUAAGGCUCACUAGUUACGUAGAGGUAUAUUUAAGCAUACGGCUAUUUAGAUAUAUAGGAUUAGGUUAGGUAGAAUUUGUAAGUGGGCAAAAUUGGUCAUCGAGCGCGGCAAAUACGUGUAAUCUCGAUUAAGAAACGAGUAGAUUUAAACGAAUUGUAUUAUUUAAGAGAGGAAGCAUAAACUAAAGAUCGAAUUCAGUAGAAAAAUAACUCGAAAUACGAAUGGCUGGCUCAUUCUCAUAGUGCACACUAUCUCGAUACUCUUGAUCGAUCAUUUUUAAUAAACCGUGCUGUCUGGUUGAUGGCGAAAGGGUUAUAACGUCGCCAUUAAAUUACAUCAUACGCGAAUCGUGGUAUCUUUAACCUGCAGAUCCGUUUUCUUUUUUCGUUCUUUUUUCCAUGUACUAGUCACGCACUGAGUCAACGCGAUUAUCGGCUUGCAAAAGUCUCAUUUGACAAUGAAAGCGAUAUUUUGAUUGGAAUGUCAGCUUAAUCAUCGCUGUGGUCUGAAUCAUUUAUGUUUUUUCAUAUAAGAAUUUUGCUCGAGCGGAUUUCGUAUUUUCUGUAUAAAAUUGUAACGAUUCCAAAACUGUAAUAUAAAAAUAUUCUGUUCGCUUACAUUGUGUGCGAUAUACUUGUAAUUCGGUAAGAAAAAAGAAAUGAAAGAAAGGAAAAAACCAA